CCACAGCCCACAGCCCACAGCCCACAGCCAUGAGGUCCAUCUUAGUCGUGUUGGCCACCGCCGUCGCUGUGCAAGGAUUCGGCAUCAACCGAGGACUAGACACGAGCCUGGCUCAAGCUCAAGCUCAGGCGCAGGCAGUGGGGUUGGGUCUCGGCGGUGGGCUGCUGGGUGGAGGAGCAGGACUGAGUGCUGCACAGGCACAGGCUCAGGCGCAGGCUGCGGGGCUGGGCGGCGGCCACCACGGCAUCUGGAAGCGCCACGCCCUCUACGGUUUGGGGCUAACUGACUCCCUCGCCCAGGCUCAGGCCCAGGCACAGGCUGCUGGGCUGGGAGGUGGAUACUACGGUGGAGGUGGAGCGGCCCUGAGCCAGGCACAAGCGCAGGCACAGGCUGCCGGGCUGGGCGGCGGCCACCACGGCAUCUGGAAGCGCCACGCCCUCUACGGUUUGGGGCUGACUGACUCCCUCGCCCAGGCUCAGGCCCAGGCACAGGCCGCUGGGCUGGGAGGUGGAUACUACGGUGGAGGUGGAGCAGCCCUGAGCCAGGCACAAGCGCAGGCGCAGGCUGCGGGGCUGGGCGGCGGCCACCACGGCAUCUGGAAGCGCCACGCCCUCUACGGUUUGGGGCUGACUGACUCCCUCGCCCAGGCUCAGGCCCAGGCACAGGCUGCCGCACUGCACGGUGGUGGUGCAGCCCUCAGCCAGGCACAAGCACAGGCCCAGGCUGCUGGGCUGGGCGGUGGUUACCACGGCAUCUGGAAACGACGAGCCGAAUACGGCUCGGAGCUGACCGACUCCCUCGCCCAAGCACAGUCACAGGCACAGGCCGUUGGACUGGGCAGCGACGGGGACGGUGUUGCCCUGAGCCAGUCACAGUCGCAAGCACAGGCCGUCGGGCUGGGCAGUGGUGACGACAGCGAGGGUGGCGCUGCCCUCAGCCAGGCGCAGGCACAGGCCCAGGCUGCUGCUGUCGGGCUUGAAUUCUAGUGGCUUUCCUUACUGUUGCUUCACUGAACACUAAUGGAGGGCAAAGUAACAAAAUAAACAAGUACAUGCUGCUA